CUACUGCUGGAGAACCCUGAAAAGAAAUCUCCAUGAAACUCCAAAAUUAUAAUCUAUUUAUUUAAUUAUUUUAUUAGCACAACGAUGGCGGCAUUUGGUGCUAAACAAGCUGGUGAAGGAAUCUAUUUUGCUUGAAAAAUUGCAUUUGGUGGUGAUUAUGUCGUUAGGCUUUCACUUUCUGUAUCUGAUGGACUUGUGACUCGUCGUUGGGCGUUGGUGGUUCUCUCCUUUGACUCCUCUUGAAGCAAACGCUCUCCUUCUUUUAUGAUAUGUUGAAUUUUGAUAGAUAUGGUAUGCUUGAGAUUUGACAUGGUUACCGGCAGAAGAUUGGGUUUCUGGUUGAGUAAGAGGAGGGGACUAGGGUUUCUAUUGCAGGUUGCGUUUUGGUGGUGGGCUGUCCUGUUGUUUAUUCGUCCCGUGGCGGGUCUGAGACCGCUAAGGGAGAGGACUCGGUCGUGGGGCGAUGAGUGGCUAAUCACAAGAAAAGUGGAGAGUGAGCUCGGUCCAUUUUCACAAUGGAACAUAACAGGAACAUACAAAGGAACAUGGAAAUUUUUAGAUACCACCAAUGGCUCUUCCAGAUUUCCUGACAUCAGAAAUACAAAUGGCAAUACUGUAAUUGAAUUAGCUAGUACACCCACAAAAAUACAUGGUGUGCAUUAUGUGCAGGGAGUAGUUAUAUUCCAUGAUGUGUUUGACACUGAGUUCAAUGUCGGUGGAGCUCAAAUCAGAGUAGAAGGUGUAUAUAUAUGGCCAUUUAGACAGCUUCGAAUGGUUGCCAACAGUGGAAAAGAGGGAGAGUUAAAUCAGGGUGAAGAUAAUAUUUUAUCUAAUCCAUAUCAUCUGCUUGGAGUCUUCUCAUCCCAAGUAUUCCAAGAAUCUUCACGAGAUAAGAUGUGGAGAAGAAAACAUUCUUCAAUAUAUGACGUGGAGAAACGUUGCAAUUUUGAAAUUGCCGCACAAAUUUCAAGACAGUCAUCAUCAAAAAAUGAUGGGGAUCAGGAUCUUUUCCAUCUUGAAGGGCUAACAGAGAGUCCCUCAACUGAUGAUGAUGGGGACUGCUUCUCACCUUUACUACUAAAUGCAACUUCUGUUAACAUUGAGGUCUAUUAUAGCAAGGCAGUGAACUACACAUUGAUGGUUACCUUUGUGUCUUUCUUGCAAGUUCUCUUAUUGAUUCGACAAAUGGAGCAUAGUAACACGCAAUCUGGAGCUGCCAAGGUUUCAAUUUUUAUGAUUGGCCAACAGGCAAUCAUGGAUGCUUAUCUUUGCCUCUUACAUCUGACUGCUGGGAUACUAGUUGAGUCUCUGUUCAAUGCUUUUGCAACUGCUGCUUUUUUCAAGUUUGUGGUCUUCUCAAUAUUUGAGAUGAGAUAUCUCCUUGCCAUAUGGAAGGCAAGUAGGCCUUUCAACAAUGGGGAAGGUUGGGAAACAAUGAGACGGGAGCUUUCAGUUUUAUACAGUCGUUUCUAUGGGAUCCUGUUGGGUGGCAUUCUGCUCAUGUAUGAGUUUCAUAGUUAUUUGAGACCUAUCAUUCUUCUUAUGUACUCCUUUUGGAUACCUCAAAUUAUCACCAAUGUUGUUCGUGAUUCACGCAAACCAUUGCAUCCUCACUAUAUCAUAGGGACAACCAUCACUCGGCUAGCAAUCCCAUUAUAUAUUUUCGGUUGCCCUAACAAUUUCAUGCGCAUCGAACCACACAAGAAUUGGUGUAUUUGUUUGGUCGUAUUCGUUGGGUUUCAAGCCGGGGCUCUUUUGCUUCAGCACUACCUUGGAUCCCGCUGGUUCAUUCCUCGCCAGAUCCUACCCGAGAAAUACAGCUAUUAUAGGAGGUUUGAUCAAGACAGAAGUCAUGCUUCAGACUGUGUUAUUUGCAUGACGGCCAUUGAUUUUUCUCAGCGAUCCAAUGAAUGCAUGGUAACACCUUGCGAUCAUUUCUUCCACUCUGGUUGCUUGCAAAGAUGGAUGGAUAUAAAGAUGGAGUGUCCGACUUGCCGCCGGCCCCUGCCUCCUGCCUAGAGAAACUUCCAUUGUGUUUACAUCAAUGGGACCAAUUGACGGUGCUUGGUAAUUUCGGUAAUGACUUGAUGGCACCCAAGGUGUACACUGUUUUGAUAGGUGAAAGCACAUCGUUAGAAAUUUUCUUCCCUCGCACCAGAGUAUAGGUUUUGUACAUAAUUAAUAAUUUCAGAAGGAAAUGAACACUAUUGUUUUUCUCGAAAUAUAAAAUUUAUUCUUGUUCCUUUCUUCCAUGUUAUUACUGUUCGAAAUUAACAUUCAUUCCUCUGUUUCUAACUGUGUUUCCCAACCGAGUCCGAUGGUAACCAGCGGGGCAGUGAUAUGAUUUUAAUUGAGUUCCAAUUGUUUUA